AUAAAAUAAAACCGUCGUACGAAAUACGAUCUCCUCCCUCAAUUUGUCUUGGCGUAAUCAAACGCAGUUUCCUUGCAAAACGGGACAGCUUCAACUUUCUUCUUCCGAUUUCGUGUUCCCAUUCACAACCCUAAUUUCAUUAGCGUCGCUCCAAAAAAGGAUAGCAAGGGUGGUAGCCUGAAUCUUGCCAUGGCCAAAAGCUCCUUCAAACUGGAACACCCCUUGGAAAGGAGGCAGGCUGAAUCUGCUCGCAUCAGAGAGAAGUAUCCUGAUAGAAUCCCAGUUAUAGUGGAGAGAGCCGAAAGGACCGACAUUCCUGACAUUGAUAAGAAGAAAUAUCUUGUCCCUGCUGAUCUGAAUGUGGGGCAAUUUGUGUACGUGGUUCGGAAGAGGAUUAAGCUCGGUGCUGAAAAGGCUAUAUUUGUCUUUGUGAAGAACAUACUACCUCCCACUGCUGCCUUGAUGUCGGCAAUUUAUGAGGAAAAUAAGGAUGAAGAUGGAUUUCUUUACAUGACUUACAGUGGCGAGAACACUUUUGGAUCCCUCUAAAUGAAGUCAUGCCGAUUUGUGUAAAUACACUACGUUUCAUUAAAAAUUCUCAGUUAUCCUUUUUACAGUCACUGACUUAACUCCCUUCAAUCAGAAAUUCAACUUCAUCUUAAUGGGAUCAAUGGCAUUAAUUUAAUGUUUGAAAAAGUCUAUUAUAUGUAUAUAUAUAUAUGGCUUUAAUGGGUAAUAUUGAUUUUUAGGCUAA